UCAGUGUCUCUGCGGACCGUGCGAAGGUUGGAAUUUUUGCCCGGAGAGAGAACGAUUUUACAGAGGAAGAAGAAGAAGAAAACCUCUGCGAGAGUACUCGCGAAGGAAAAACCGAUUUUUUUUGCAAAAAAAGGUGGGGGGAAAAGACAAAAUUCAUUCUCUCCCGGUUUACGUUUUCGCGGACCAUUUCCAUUGGUUUAAAAACAUUUUAAUUCCGGACUUGCAAGCAGCAUUACUAAUAUUUUGUACAGUGCGUUUGCCGUCGUCGCGAAUAUUUUUUUCUGUGCAAUUUCUUGUGUACACGUGGCGUUUUAAGCAAAAAAAAAUCACGCGGGUGGUAAAAAAAAAUCAGUCGAGUGUAUAGAAACAAUUAAAAUUAACAACCCCUUGUGGCGGGAAAAAAUCUCAUCUGCUGCAUCAGUUUGUGUUUAACCACAGAGCUGUGUGGGUGUGUUUGCGCGGGAAAAAAGACUUUGUGAGAAAAAUUAACAAACAAAAUAAGAAUUUAAAAAAUAAUUGUGAAAAAACUCCGAUGAAUGUGAAUUGGACAAUAAAUAAUAAAUAAAUUUUUAUUUAAAAAAAAAAUUCGGGGUGUUUGUGUGGAAAAUUGCUUUUUAAAAAAAAAAACAUUUUGUCUGCAGCAACACAAAAAUCCAUCCCCGCAAUUAAUGGCGAACAUUCACGUGCGUUUUCCCUCAAGGGGGUGAGUUUUUUCUCCUUCGAGGUACAUACAAAAAAAAACAUCCAAAAGAAAAUCUCUCUCGUGAGAGCGGGGAAAUUGUAUAUUUGGAGAGAUAAAGAGAGAGAGGUGCGCGCGCGAAAAGGUCCUUUUUGUUGGGAGAGGAGAAAAACAAAAACACAGCCAAGAGAGAAAAUCCUACCCAAAUACAGAACGGAAAAUUUGCCGUCUCUGUCGGAAAACUCCUCCGGCUUCUUUAUCCCAACACGUCGACCAAUACCAUUUGAAGUUGUAAAAGGCGCGCAAUAGCAAUCAUAUUAAAGAUAUUUCUGUGACUCCAAAAUUGACGCCCCAUUCGAAUCACAGAGCGAAUAUAUAUUUUAGUUUUCACCCGAAAUUCCGUGUGUGUGCGCGUGUAUGUGGGGGCGCCUGGUUGUUGGAAAAUUCUAUACACCACAACUUUUCCCGUUUGUAACGAAGAAGAGGGGCACACUGUGAGAGAGAAAAGGAUUUUUUUUUAUUUUGCGGGAAAAGAUCUUCCGUCUCACAUGUAAAAGUUAUAUAUAUCCGGUGGAAAAAGAAGGGCCAUUCGGUUCCAAUUGCGGUGGAGCUGGUGUUCGAUUGCAUUUUCCAUUUGUUAUUUGAUCAGUGCGUCUCGAGGACAAUUUUCCGGAGAUUUUCCAUUUGAGAGGAAAAAUUAGGCAGGAUCAGAACAAUUUUAUAGAGAGGGAGAAUCCUCUUUUCAUUACAGAAUAUUAAAAUAAAUUAAGAAGACUUUAUAAAGAGAAUGAUCAGCAUUGAUCCUCUAAAUUUUUGAUCCUCGAAUAAAAUUCUCGGAUUGAGAAAUCCUGAAUUCAGUGCCAGAUACUUUAGUGAUUUUCCCUCACAACAUAAAAAAAAACAAAUUAAAAAGAAAAACAGACAAAGUGUGGUGUUAAUAAAAAAAAAUUAGAAAAAAAAGAAAAUUCCGAUUUGAAGAUUAUUGAGAAACGCGAAAUUGAAUCCGGAGGAGGGCAGAGUGCAUCAGAUUUGUCCAGUCAAAUGAGUAUGGACUCUGUGAUGGACUCGUUGUCGACACACAGUGAACACAGUAUGUCCUCCACCGCUGAUACACAUCCCGUGGCGAAGACACCCCAGAGUCCAAAUAAUCACAGUGCGGGUCACGCAGCAUCAAUCAAUCCAACAACGAGUGGCUCAAGUUCCGCAUCAAGUACAGCACCAAUGCACAUUAAUCGUCGCACACCGACGCCCCAUAGUCCGGGGAGUCGUCAAAUGUCCAGCCCAAUUGGGGUUGAACGUGGGGCACCGGGGCCACAAAUGUUGGGCCUCCCACACCCAUUGAGCCCACCUCAGGUGUCAACACCAAACAGCAUGGGUGCCAUGGCACCCCGGAUGGCGCAGAGUCUCCCGCAUUUGCCCCCACAUGGUUUGGGGCUCCUCAAUUCCCUGCAAAUGAUGCACCACAAUCCGCUUGAAUUGAUGGCGGCGGCUCAUCAUCAUGUACCACCGCGGAGCUACAAUAGCCCUCCGCCGAUCAGUACGUCCGAUCCCACGGCCAAUGAGUGCAAAUUAGUUGACUACCGUGGUCAGAAGGUGGCUGCAUUCAUCAUUGCUGGGGAUACAAUGCUAUGCCUCCCACAGGCAUUUGAGCUCUUCCUCAAGCACCUCGUUGGAGGCCUCCACACUGUCUACACCAAGCUAAAGCGCCUCGACAUAGUACCCCUUGUCUGCAAUGUUGAACAAGUACGCAUCCUCCGGGGACUUGGAGCCAUUCAACCGGGCGUCAAUCGCUGCAAACUACUUUCCUGCAAGGACUUUGAUGUCCUCUACCGCGACUGCACCACUGCGAGAUGCUUGUCUGUCAAACCGCCAGAGAGCUCCAGACCGGGACGACCACCAAAACGGGGACCUGUGGGACUCUCACUUCCUGCCACCCACAUGUCACAUCAUCCGCAAUUGAAGAAGCAUCGAAUGGACAAUGGUGACUACCCGUACGAGAAUGGACAUCUCAAUGAUAUUUCACGGUUGGAGAAAUCACCUCUACUUGCAAAUGGCUACAACCCACCACCCACACACCUCAAUCACAUGCAAUUUAUGCAGAUGAAUCAUCAUCCCGGAGCUGCCCUUCUGAAUCCUUCGAUGCCACCACAUGGUAUGCCACGACCCGAUGGAGCCAUGAUGAAGGGAGCAAGUGGGAUGCCGGGCAUGGAUGCAAUAGCAAGAUCUGGAAUAUGGGAAAAUUGUCGUGCAGCUUAUGAAGAUAUCGUGAAGCAUUUGGAACGAUUGCGUGAGGAGAGAGGUGAAGAUAGGGCGGUGGCUCUGGAUCAAAAACCACGGGAUCUCAGUUCGCAAAAUGGAUCAUCAAAUGGACACAGUCCUGUGCUGAAUUUAUCAAAAUCAAACAUUGAUCACAAUAGUGCAGAUGAUCGUUCAGAUCGCAGUGAGGUUCACUCACCGGUGCCAUCAGCAAGGGAUGAAGAGGAGAAUUUGAGUGAAGAAAAUGUAUCAGAGAUUGAUGAUCGCGAGGAAAAGGAUGAUGAUAUCUCAGAUACUGAGCAAGAUCAUCCACCACCACCACCGACGACAUCAAUGCCCAACUCAGCGGAAUGUCAGCAAGCACUCAAUUAUACAACAUUGGCCGCCACGGCAGCCGCUGUGGCGGCAACUGGUGGUCCGGGUAAUGUUCCUGGAACGGAUCCGAGUUCCUUGUCAUCAACUGAAACACUCCUUCGAAAUAUCCAAAGUCUCCUCAAGGUUGCAGCUGACAAUGCGCGUCAGCAAGAACGACAAAUCAGCUAUGAGAAAGCCGAACUGAAAAUGGAUGUCCUCCGGGAGCGUGAGGUGAAGGAUUCGUUGGAGCGUCAACUGAGUGAUGAGCAGAAAUUGAGGGCCAUUUAUCAGAAGCGCUUCAAGAAGGAGAAGAGAGCCAAAAUACGAUUGCAGCAGCAGUUGGACAUGGAGAUGAAACGACGUGCACAACUGGAGGAUGCGAUAAAGGCUUCCGGUGCUCCUGCAGAAGCUCUAAGACUCAUCUCCGAGAAUGCAAAUAGUGAGAGGCGCGAAAGGAGGUCGGCGUCAUCAGAGAGAAGAGCUGAGAGUCCCUAUGCACCACCAAAUAGGGCAGAUCCUGCAUCAGGACCCCAAAAUCCACCACCCAAUGAAGGCAAACCCUGGAACUAUUCGAAUCUCGAUAUGAUGGCGACAGGGGCCUUUUGGCAAAAUUAUACAGAAUCCCUGGCGCAAGAACUCGAAAUUGAGCGCAAAGCUAGACAGCAAUCUGGCGAGAGGGACGUAAAGAGCCCAUUGCAAGAUCGCCCAAACUACUACAAGAACUCCAUACUAUUCAGCAGUGCCACUUAGUCGUUCAGUGAGGAAGACACCCGCAAACCAUCCAUUUCUCAAUCCCACUAAAGGUAAAAGAAAAAAAAUAACACAAAAAAGUAAAAAUUUAUUUUACUUUUAAGAUAAAUUUCAAAUAAGAAAAUCUUUCUCCAUGAACACACUGAAAACGAAAAUUGCCAUCCCAUAACAAUUUUAUUUCCUUCAACAUAUUUAGUCAGGUCUCCAAUUGCAUGAAGAGCAUUUCAAAUCAAUUUGUUAUUUAUGAUACAUUGUAAAAAAAAACAUUAAUGUAUAGUGAGAUGUGAAUAUUUCUUUUAAUUGAAUUGUGCGUGAGAAUUCAUUUAGACGUUCAUUACAUUUUUUUCUCUUCUUUUCUUUUCCAACGAUUGGAAAAUGAAGAAAAACAAAUUGAAAGUGCAAUCAAAUUGUUGAUAAAACAUUUAAGAAAAAAAACGAGUAAAAACUUAAUUCAAUUGAUUUUGAAUAAAUACAAAUUAUAAAAAAAUAAUUUUCAUGUGAUAAAGAGAAACUUUAAAUAAGAUUUAUUAAGAAAUAAAAAAAGAGAUAAUUGAGAUGUUUUAUGUCUCAUCUAAAAAAAUAGCAAAGAGUAUUAACAAGAAACUGAAUUAUUUUACAGAAAGGUUAUUGUUUUGAGACUCUUUUUGUGUUCCUUUUUUUUAAUUUAUUUUUUAUUCUCUUUAAAUAAACCUUUUUACUUCUUCGAAGAAACACCUUAUGCGGUAAGUAAAAAAUAAAAAUAAGAAAUGUCUUUAUUUAGGAAAGACAAAACUUCUUGUAUAAAGGAAUGAGAAAUGUGUAAAUAAAUUUGCAGAAAGUCUCACUAGGAAUGUAGUUUUGAAUCCUCAAAAUAAUUAACUAUAAAUAUAUAUAUUUAAAAUAAAUCAUUAAAAAUUUAGAGAGAGAAAACAAAGAGGCAAAACACGAUCGUAAAAAUAGUCAAAAUGAUGAAAAGUUUGCAUUUUAAGCAGGAGAAGAAUUAUGAGGAAGAAGCAAGUAUCUAAUAAUCUAGUGAUUACAAGAAAAUCUAUAAUAAUAAUAAUUUAUUUUACUAGAAAUAGUAAUAUGACAAUUAAAAGCAUCUCCGUGCACGUACAGAGAACAUUGAAGGUUAAGAAAAAUUAUCACUGCCUUCAGUUCUCUGUAAGAGAGAGAGCAAAAAAAGAUUCUUUCGCGUAGGAAGAAUAAAAUGAACGAAUUAAUGAGAUUCAUAAUAAUUAAAUGCGUAACACUUAACAGACACGCUGAUUCUUUUUUUUUUGUAACAUUAGAACAAUUUAUUGGUUGCCAUAUUUUAAUCUUCUUUACAAUACAACUUUAAGAGAAAGAAAAAGGAAAGAAAAGUGUGUAAAAAAUAAUAAUUUACAAAGCGAUAUGGAGCAUAAAAUGAAGAAGGUUUAGUGAUGUAGAGUAUAGGCGUACAAUUUAUUUAAAAAAAAAAUAAAUGAACAAAAUGCAGAUUAAGGAAAAACUAUAGAAUACAGGAGAGUGCAAGGAAAAUUAAAACUAUAAAAUCAUUCGACAUAAGUUCUCGAGAAAAUCCGUGAAGGAAUUUUUUUUGUAAACGACAUAAGCUUUUGAAUUAAAUUUUUGAGAAAAAAAUCUUCAUUCGAGUAAAAGAAACAAAAAUUUAAAAGAAGAAAAAAAACUAUACUCCGUUAAAAGAAUAAAUUUUAAAAACAAAAAUUAAAUUAGUCGUGAAAUGUUAAUUUUCUGAGACUUAAAAAAAAUUAUGUACAUACCUAAUUAACAGAAUUUACACAAAAAAAAAGAUUAAAAAAAAACAAAUUCUUUUUUUUAUAAUUCUGAGCUCAAGAGACAAAUUCUUAAACUGUCUAAGAAAUUAACAUUUAAUGACUGAAACUCCUCAAAAUUCUUAAAACUACUUUUUGACUAAAACGCAUCAAUCCGACGAUAAACACAGAAAAAAAAUUUAAAAAAAUAUAUUGGAAAACACUAAAAGCAAAAUAAUAAAGAAAAUAUUUGUAAAGAAAAAUCAAAAAGUUUCUUACGAAAAAUUAAGAAAAAACAAGAACUACGAGUGAAAAUAAAUGCGACAUGAUUAAUACAAAUUUGACUAAUUAAUUGUACCAUUAUUAAAAUUAAUUGUUACAUGUCUAAUAGAAAUUAAAUAAAUAAAUAAGAAAACAAAAACAUUUUAAAUAAAUUUGCAAUAAAGUGCAAAUAAAUAUUUCUCGCAUUUUUUUUCGUUUCCAUUUAAUUUUGUAUAAAGAAAAAUUUUUAAUGAAAUAUAAAAAAUGAAGUUUAGACAACGCUGAGCUGGAUUAACAAAAAGAAAAUUAAAUUUAGUGAGAUAAUAGAGAACUUCUCGAAUAAGUAAAAAAAAAAAAAGAAGAGCAGGAAGGAAGUUAUAGAAGAUUAAUAAAGUGUAAAAAAUUAAUUUGUGUCUCAAUCAAGGUGUUUUUGUUGUCAGGCCCAGAGAGGGAAUUUAUAUUAGAGAGAAGUUUUGUGAGAAAUGCGUUGUUCGGGAAAAUUAACAAAUUGAAUUAUUUUUAGGAGGAGAUUUCUGUGUUUUUUUUUAAUAUUGGUGUAAUUUAUCAUCUCUUUGAUUGGUGUUUCUUUUCUCUCUUUCAAUUUUGUGACUAAAAACCUUCUUUGUCUCUUUUCUUUUGGUGUUUCCUCAACAUUUCUUUCAUGGUUCUUUUCAUUUGACGGAGGAAAUCAAAUCUCUAAUUGCAAUUCCCAUUUUUUCUCAAUUUACAAUGGUCACCAUCACACACGAGAAACGAAAAAUAAAUAAAUAAAAAUAACACGAGAAGAGAUCUUCAAAAGCGAAACGAAAAGCCAUGUAAAAAAAAUUAUUCUUACAGAAUGAAGAUUCAAAAAGAAAAGCAAAAAAUAUAAAUUAAAAAAAAAAUGGUGAAAAUAUUUAAGAAAAUAAUGAAGAAGAUUAAUUCAGUCGAAAUGUACAAAAGAAAUUAAAAUAAAAUAAAUAGAAACUCUUAUAGGAGGAAAACUCUUCAGUGAAUGUAUGUUUUACUAGUUAUAAUACAAGAUAAUUAUAACGUCAUACAUAAACAUUAAAUUAAUAUUGAAAUAUUUGAAAGAAUAAAGAGAAAUUUUAUGCUAAAAA